GGUAUGUUUUUUUAAAAUUAUAAUCAAACACUUCAAUACCUACCUUUUCUUCAGGCAUCAUUCAGACAAACGCGCCUCAACUCCUAAAUCCUAGUAGACCCUCUCAACGAACACGGGGAGAAGCGGAGGCUAGGACUCAGGAGGAUCAAUCGCUUCUCUUUCUCUCUCGCCAAUUGUUUCCUCACUGACCUGUACUGCAUAAACAGUGAAGAUUACAUCAAACGAAGAAGAAGCGCAGAAUGAGUGGAGUACUCCGCCCGUUGGUUCUUUUGGCUCCUGCGAUCGAUUUCAACCAACACCAACGUCGACACCCCAACAAAACUUCGACGUUGCAGCGGUACUCCGGCAGCACAUCUAAGCUCUACAUCCAGAAAGCAUCGGUUUCUGCUUCCUCCUCUUCUUCUCCACUCAGCCGCUCCCCUGCAGAGAAUCCCGAUCAAUGGCAGGGUGCAAAAAGGAAAGGGGGAAGGCAAAGAAUAGCUGGUGUAGAUCAGGAUGAAUUACUGGACCCUACACUUUUAGCUGAUCCAGACAGUUGUUUUUGUGAGUUUGAAGGGGUGCAAAUACACCAUAAGGUAUGCGAUGCUGGAGAUGAAAGAAAAAAUUCAUUAGAGAAGAACUCUAUUUCUCAACCAUCAUAUCAAACUAAGAAGGUUGGUCUGCCUAUGAUUUUAUUACAUGGAUUUGGAGCCUCUGUUUUCUCAUGGAAUCAAGUUAUGAAGUCCUUGGCACAGGUCACUGGUUCUAAAGUUCUUGCUUUCGAUAGACCAGCCUUUGGGUUGACUUCAAGGGUGGAUUCCUUAGGGCAUUCAUCUGUUUGUAGCAAAGAUGCCAAACCUUUGAACCCAUACUCGAUGGCAUUUUCCAUUCUAGCUACCCUGUACUUCAUUGACCUCUUAGCAGCUGAGAAGGCAAUUCUAGUUGGGCAUUCAGCUGGUUCCCUUGUAGCAAUUAAUUCAUAUUUUCAAGCUCCUGAACGUGUUGCUGCGUUGGUCCUUGUUGCCCCAGCAAUUCUUGCCCCUUUUUCCAGUCAUAAGGAUGUUGACAGAAAUCAAGUGGGAGGAGAGACAACGCUGCAAGAAAACAGCCAAAAUUCAAAUAUUCUUGGUAGUUCAUUAAUCAGGUUUUGCAAGAUGUUGCUGAAGUUCUCUGAAUACAUUUCACAAGCACUAAUGCGAUUGGUGAAAGGGAUGGCAAAUAGGAUCAGCUUUCUGUACAAGAAAGCAUUAUUAGUAGUUCUGCGCUCUCGUCUUGCCGUAAUUUUGGUAAGGACGGUUAUUGAUAAAUUUGGUGUAGCUGCCAUUCAGAAUGCAUGGUAUGAUUCAAGUCAAGUAAACGAUCACGUCUUGUAUGGUUAUACAAAGCCAUUGAGGACCAAGGGUUGGGAUAGGGCUCUUGUCGAAUACAUAGCAUCAAUACUUACAUAUUCAGCACCUGAAUCAGAACCACCGCUGGAAAAAAAACUUCAAAGGAUUUCAUGUCCAGUUCUGCUUGUCACCGGGGAUACGGACCGACUUGUCCCCUGUUGGAAUACGGAGAGACUUUCGAGAGUGAUACCUGGAUCCUAUCUUAAAGUCAUCAAGCAUUGUGGCCACCUGCCCCAUGAAGAGAAACCGGAAGAUUUUGUAGCUGCCAUUCACGACUUCUUGCAGAAAGUUUUUGCUGAUUCGGAGAAGCAAUCUUUGCAACUGGCAUCCUGAAAUUCGCAUGCUUCUGUUAAAAUGUGUUCUAAAGUUUGAUUUUUGUGUGAUGGUGAGGUGGCACAUUCCACAGAUGUAAUGGGAAUGAUAAAGAGUCCUGAAUUCACAAAUCUACAGAAAUAUUUGAACUUUAACUGUGGAAAAAAAAAAAUCAAUGAAUAACAAUAUCUUCAUCUUUUCAAUA